UUCUGUGGUCCGUAGAGAGUCAUUCAGUCAGUUGAGUGGGUAGGUCUAAGUGGUGAGGAGUGGGACAGUUUUGUCGUGCACCUGGACACCAUGGACGACUACCCGAUGUACAGCGUGCUCAUGGGGUUCUCCCUCUGGGGGACCCUCUGGCGUCUUCUCUUUCCACUGGGAUUCUGGCACACGAUUGCGUGUAGAGUAGAGACGAGGAGUGGUGCGGGCACCACUCCUUACACCCAAGCGCAGGAGGAGGAGGCAGCGAAAAUUCUGGCCGAGCAGAAGGCCAGGAAGGAGAAGAAGGAGUUGGUCAAGCAGGCUAAGAAGAUUGCCCUGCAGCAGGAGCAAGCCGCCAAAAUGAAAAAGUUACAGGAAGAGAUGGAGAAAGUGAAGGAGGAGGAAGAAAAUAUGAAGGUUGUGGACAGAGAAGAGGUGGAGGAAGAGAAGGAGAAGCAGGCAGAAGCAGAAGAGAUUCCCCUGAUAAGAAGGUCAGUGAGAGAAAGGGGGGAAUCUAGUGGCACGAAGGGGGACCCAUGGAUAGAGAAGAAGGUGACUGAGUGGGUUGCCAACUUGUCACUGGGGGAAACCGAGGAGGCGAUGCUAUACGUUCCCCUAGACGAACAAGAGGCGGUGAUAAAGGAAAUAGAGGCCGAAGCAGAUCCUCUUAAACGUCAGACGAUAGAGGAGGAGAAGAAGUUGGAAUGGAGAUUGCCUCUGACUAGGGAGAAGAAGAGGAGGAUGGAGGAAGCUGAGAAGGUGGCGAGAGAAUUACAAGAAGUCAAACAGCAGAGAGCUCAGCUAGAAGCGCAGGCAGAUAUACAGGGGAAGAUGGAUGUAAUGGCUAGGAAUAUAGAAUGUCUGGCAAAGGCCGUUGACGAACAACAGUUCUUUGCCAGAAGCCAGGACGUCACGUUACGAUCGAUCCGUCUAGGCUUUCGAGAGUUCGCAAGGGACAUGAUGGUCCAUGUAGGCACGGAGAUGAAAGCUAGACUAGAAAACACAGAGCGAUUCUGCACUGGCGCCAUUGAAGGUGCCCAGUUAGCUGCGCCUAAGGAGGAAGAACGGCGUCCCCGUAGAGAGCCAGUAAAGGUGAAGUUCCCUGAUCCAUAUAGUGGGAAGAGGGAGGAGAACUUCGAUAAUUGGGAGGCGAAUGUGACCUCAUAUGUUCACUUACAGAUGAUUUCCCCUGAGGAACAGGUCCUCAUCGCCUUCCACGCUCUUAGGGAUGAAGCCACCAGUUUUGCGAGAUCGCUCUGUCGUGCAGCCAACUGCAAUAACGACAUGGUCGCAUACUCUCAGUUUACACCCCUGAACGACUUCUUCAAGUUAUUGUGCGAAAGGUUUGCAGAUGUCACACGAAGCGUUAGAGUUUCUGACAAGCUGCAGACCAUCCACACUCGCCACUGGAAGAGUGCUAGGGCACUCAAAGGGGUGAUGGAUGAGCUGGUCGCCGUCCCAGACCAUGGGGUCACAGAGACCCAGUUGGUCAAUCUGUUCUAUUGUGCCAUGCCCGAGUCUUUACACAGGCACUUCUUUGAGAAGAGUGGGGAUCCUGCCAUGACCUAUGAUACGUUAAGUAGGGAAGUCGUGGCAUUCGAAGCGCAGUCCAUGCCAGUUACGCCCAGCGCUGAAGACUACUGCUAACGCUACUACUACUACUGCAACGCUCGUCUAGAGUGCUGCUGCCGAAUCCUG